GCCAGAUAUUCCAGGUCCGUCUGUGUCUGUUGUUUUCUGAUGGAUUCAGGUUUUUGUUUUUCUGUCUGUCUCAUCUCUGCAUAUCUGGUUUAGGUUAGGGUCUCAUGUGCGCUCUGAUUGGCUCAGACUUUGGACUGAAGAGUGUUUUUUUCACCACACCCAACGAUAAAUCUUCUUCUUGGCAUUUUUCUGCUCAUCAGCCUGAUGCGCACUGACGGACUCAGCAGGAUUAGCUUCAUUUCGACUUUUUAAAACGGAUUUUAACAUUUUCUUUAAUCACAUCUAAAACUGAGAGAAAUAUUUCGUUAUUAAUUAUUAGUUUAGUUAUAACUGAGUAGCUUUAGUUACAGGUCACCUUUUCAUUUUUUCUAAACUAAGCAGAGAAGAAACUUCAUUUCUGCGUUUUGAAUAUUUUCCAAUACAUCUGGCGCAUAAAUUUAUUUGUUUUCUCAUUUUCUGAAACAGUAGAUGGGAUUUUUUCAUUCCUGCAGUAAUAAAUAAAUAGUCCAACGUCCUCCCUGACUUAGAAGACGGAGUGAUUUUCUUUCUUUGGAGCGCGUAAAAACGCACGGAGACUCCACAUGGCGCACAUGUGCAGGCAGCUCACAGGCAGCGCGGCGAGCUGCGCGGGCUGGGUCGGGGUCAUCGUCGCCACGGCCACCAACGACUGGGUCCGGACCUGUGACUACACGGUGGCCACCUGCAUCCGCAUGGACGAGCUGGGCUCCCGGGGCCUCUGGGCGGAGUGCGUCAUCUCCCCGUCGCUUUAUCACUGCGUGGCCCUCAACCAGAUCCUAACACUGCCCGCUUACGUCCAGACGUCUCGUGCCCUGAUGAUCUCCGCGUGUCUGCUCGGUCUCCCCGCCAUGCUGCUCGUGCUCAUGUCCAUGGCCUGUAUCCGGCUGCCGAACGACACCUCGGCCAUCAAGCUGCGCCGCUCCCGGGUGGGAGGCGUCCUCUUCAUCCUCAUGGCUGUGUGUGGCAUCAUAUCGACCAUCUGGUUCCCCAUCGGCGCUCACCAGAACGAGGGCCUGAUGUCUUUUGGCUUCUCUCUGUAUGCCGGCUGGGUCGGCUCCGCCCUCUGUCUCGUGGGCGGCUCCAUGAUCCUGUGUUGCCACGGCGCCGAGCUCUGGACCCCGAGCAGAGAGAACAGCUUCUACUACUCCAGACAGCGGGGCACGGCCACGCCAAUGGACCCCCCCGCCAACCACGCCAAGAGCGCAGUGGUGUGAAACGCAGCUCUCUGGCCCCUCGUUUCAUGGACUGUGUAUGAUUACAGUCAACUUCUGCAUUUAGCUGAUACAACUGAUUUAUAAUAAGUGUGUAGGGGUUAAGGGUUAGUGCCUUGCUCAAGAGCAACUGUAGAUGCAGACAUAAUCUCAUUGGUUUAAUUGAAUCUCACAGGGUGACUGUCCUUAUAUCCACCUAUGAUUCUCUAAAUGUAUUGAACGGUUCAGUUUUACUCUCAAACACUGAGCUGUGUUAAACUCCGCAGUCAGACAGGAACAGUAUCCACAGGCUCCGACUGAACAGGAGCCAAUCACAAACACACGAAAGCCUCCGAGCAACAUCUCGUCCUGGAAAAAAAUCUUUAUUCAUUAAAACUACUACAGAUUUGUGCCUUUAAACUGUAAUUCUAAGCUAAAUUUGCUGUACGUACAGUAUCUUCAGCUGUGGUCAGUGGGGUUCACUUCCUGACAGGAAGUGGGAAGGGUUUUUUUCUUCUUCUUGGCUUUCUGCCUGUGUAACUGACCCUGACCUCAGUUUUCAAUGACACAUAACUCAUGUUAAUCACGUCCUGUCUGGAAAACUAGAUCAGCUCAGCGUCCAUGUUGAAAUCCAUCUGUCAGUAACCUGUCAGUUCGUACUGUGAUGGAACCUGCAGUUUUUUAUUGUUCAUUAUAUCUUUAGCUUUGUUUAAUCUGGUUGUUUCAUCGUGUUUGUUGCUUUUAUGUCGAGAGUUUGUGAUUUUAAUGUUUUUUAAUCAUUCUUAUACUUUGAAUUUCACAAACAUGUUUGUAAUUUUUUUUAAACACAGUGAGAUCAGCUGCUCUCAUUUAAUUCAUAUAUCAUCAUUCAUAUUCCCAAUAUAAUCAGUAUGUACUAACUCUGUGGCUGUAUUGUCAGAUCAGUUGGUGUUAAUAAAAGUUUCAAAUCAUUUUUACUGAU